AUGGGAAAAAUUGUGUAUGCAAAUGGGGUGUUAAGAAGGAAAAGUAAUGCGUACGACCAAAUAGUUCUUCCCAGGAAGUACCACUCGUUGAUUCUGAAAGAACUUCAUGACAAAAUGGGCCAUAUUGGAUCUGAUAGAGUCUUACAUCUCGCGAGGGACCGUUUCUACUGGCCUCGAAAGCAAAGUGAUAUAGAACACUACGUGAAGAACCAAUGUCGAUGUGUUAAACAGAAACCUCCUCGAUUAAAGAACAGAGCCACGUUACAGCCGAUUAUAACCUCUUCACCAUUCGAGUUAAUAUAUAUUGACUUUGUCCACCUAGAGAAAUCAAGUGGAGGUUUCGAGUACAUCCUUGUAAUCGUCGACGAUAUGCACAGGCAUAUCCCACCCGGAACAAAGUGGGAAGGGCAGUGGCUGAGAAACUGUUUAAUGAUUUUGUGUUACGUUUCGGGUUCCCUGCGAAAAUCCACCACGAUCAAGGCGGAGAGUUUGAAAACCAACUCCUCUCUCGGCUUGAACAACUUUCGGGUGUCAAACAUUCCCGUACUACACCUUACCAUCCACAGGGUAAUGGGCAAGCCGAGCGUUUCAACAGAACAUUGCUCGAUAUGCUAA